AUAAGGAGCCUCACUGAGAAGCUCUGCUCUGCUCUGUUUUUCAUACAUUCAGAAACUUCAACUUUUUUUUUUUCUUCAGCAAUUCAUUCAUGAAGUUCGAUCUCAAGAAUCCAUUGACGGGAUUCGAUGGAGACGACGACAACGACGCCGUUUCAGCUCUCUUCGCCGCCGAGUCCGAUCACACGCCAUCCUUCAAAUCUACCGACGUUCACUCUUCCAUUCGCCAUCACUCCUUCACUCUCAUUUCUCAAGCAAAGUUUUCUUACGAUAUCGAUCGAUUUACUGCAUACCUAGCUGUCAAUUACAUCGAUCGGUUCCUAUCCAAGCAAGUUGUUCUGGAGAAUAAGCCAUGGAUUGUAAGGAUUCUAGUAAUUGCGAGCCUUUCACUUGCUGCGAAGAUGAGAAACAUCAACAACUUAUCGAUCUCUCAUAUCAUAAAUCCACUAUCCAAUAAUUCAUCGAUGAAUCAAUCUGAACAUAGAGACGACGAAGGCUUAAUUUUCGAUUUGCAGUCUGUUCAUCGAAUGGAAAAUUUGAUUCUCACAACGCUCAAUUGGCGGUUACGUUCCAUCACGCCUUUUGCAUUUCUGCAAUAUUUCAACUCGUUGUUUGAACUCAGUAAUGACGAUUCACUGAGUCAAUCUCUAGAAGAUCGAGCUUCAGAUAUCAUUUUCAGCUCUCGUUACGAAAUUAAGCUUCUUGAGUACAAACCAUCAAUAUUAGCGGCAUCGGCGUUUCUGUGUGCAGCUCAUGAGUUGAUUCCCCUACAAGUUUCAUUUUUCUUAGACGCAAUUAACUCUAAAUGUGGACAUAUAUAUAAAGAAGAACUUUUGAAUUGUUGGAGUGUAAUGGGAGAAAUUUUUGUCGAUGAAGUUUCUUUUAGCUCGUUGAUGACACCGAACAGUGUGCCUGACCAAGAACGUACAAGUGAGAAUGCUGAUAGGAACAAUAACAAAAAGCGAAGAUUGAACGAUUUUUGUAAUAAUCAAACGUUCCAUAUCUCUGAGGUUCAACACUGCUAAAAGAAUUAGGGAUGACAAUUGUGUUGUGCGGAUUGUUUAACCCUUAGCCCGCGAAGAUUUCAACUCGCGCUAUGUACAUUGUGCGGUUAGUAAAAAUUUCUGUGUCCGACCCCAACUUCACUUUGUUGGUGCUUACUCAAAAAUGUGAUGGGAACGUCUGAUGGAAAAAUAGAAUGAAACAAUUGCGGAGAACAAAAUUAGAGGAAAAUUGUACUCCCUUUGUUCCAACAUUAUUGCUCAUUUUGAUAUAUUUAACAUAUUUUUUGAUUU